GGGAUCUCCUGCCUCAACCUCCACUUGCCGGAGGGACCUCCAAUUGCCUUAGACACCCCGCCCGCCUAUGCCUUCCUCCGGGCAACCGACAACAACCUCGUCCUCUUUGACAUCUCCAACCCGCAGAAAAAAGUCCUCUUCGACAUCUCCAACCCGAGCCAGAGUUGCUACUGGGAGCCCCCGGCAGAUCUGUUCGUCUACAAGGCCGGCGAUCCACGCCCCUCGGUGCAGCGGCUCCCACCCUACACAAUCGAGAGCAACAUGCCGUUCCUGAUGGGUUUCGUCACCACAGGCAUCCUGCGGCUCAAAGAUGAGGAUCGCUACAUCGUUGCCGAUAUCAAUGUCUACCGCGGAAAAAAUGGUAUGUGUGCCCAACUCUGCGUCUUCCGCUCUGGGGCUAAACAGUGGGAACUCAGCCCCGAGAUGCCUGCCCCUCAGCCGCAGGACCAGAGCAAUGGCGGCCAGUUCCCCAACCUCUGGUCAACCGACAAUCUGCUUGCUUUUGCCGGCCGUUUCCUGUGCUGUAUUGACUACAUGAGUGGUGUUCUGCUAUGUGACUUCGCGAUACAAGACUUGUCCCCAGUGCUCCGCUUUGUGCCUUUCCCUGGGAGAAAUGAUUUCUCUGAUGAGGAACGGGUUGAAAGGCGCUUCCCUGACAGAUUCCGAAGUGUGUCCAUCAGCCAAGGCAUGCUGUGCUUUGUGCACAUUGACAAUGACUUCCAUGGGCCGCCUCCUGCGAGAAAAAGCCGAGGCCAGCAGAAGCGGCCUACCCAGGAAAUCACCGUUUGGACGUUGGACUCCAACAAGUUCGAGUGGAAGCUACAUCAUGUGAUCAACCUGGAUUCUCUCUGGGCGCAACCUGGCUACCUAGAUCUGCACAUAGAUCAGCGUCUUCCUGAGUUCCCAACCAUCAGCUUGGAUGACCCGAAUGUUCUUUGCUGCCUGUUAACAGAGGAGGAGUUUGAUGGUGAUGGGUGGAAUAUCAUGGUUGGCAACAAUGCACAUCUGCUGUCAUGUGUCUCUCUGGGUGCGGAACAUCGCCAUAACCACCUUCCUGAUACCUCCCCACUUCCAACUGUCUUCUGCAAAUACCUUGAAAGGCCAACAGGUGGCUUGGUGUCUAAUGCUAGGAUCUUUACUAUAUGGGCGCUAAGGGUACACGCAGAGCGAUAUCACAUCAGAGAAGAUGUCACAUAUUUUUCUAGCAUUCUUGUUUGCCUUGCAAAUUCAUUAUGCUAGGUGAUUACCCGCUGGCGGGCCAUGCUAAGCUGCCAUUGUUUUGUUCGUGCAUUCUCUUGUGUUGUAAGGAGUUUUUCUUCUACCACUCUAAGUGCAUGGUAGUUAUGGUCGUUGAUGGUGAUAUUGUGGUUACCCCAAAUGCACUCAAGGGCCACUUGAGCAGCCUUAAUCAGAUAACGGGUGGCUGCAGCGAUUA